UCAGUCGGAAUAACAGAUAUAACUACGUCUACUUGUGAUCUCUCUUUUAUGAGAGAGAAUCACAAUGGAUCAAGAGGAAGUGAUAAAGAAGUUGCGAUCAUGUCUGAUAUCAUGCAAGGGUGGUAUCAAACUAGAGAAUUUAAGGACGGACUAUCGAGUGAUAACAGGAGAACUAUUACCUUUUAAACAACUCGGAUAUUCCUCUGUCGAAGCUUUUAUACGCAACGUACCAGAUGUUACAGUGACCAAAAAAAAUGGAGAACUGUUUGUGGAAGCAUUACCUUCGAAAACAUCCGCGCAUCUUACGAAAUUAGUUUCACGACAGAAGAGUACGAAGAGAAAAAUACGACCACCAAAAAAAUGGACUCCACCCCGACAUGUGAAAGGUUUUUCGUCUAGUUCUAGAAAUUUUUCUGGUUCUAGAAGUCAUAAUCUGAACAGUGGUUUUUACCCUGCUAGAAGUAAUUAUAUUUCUUCUUCAAAUUACUUUACUAGCUCAACACCUGACAAGAGUAACUCGUAUACAGAUUUUACCAGACCUGUACCUCUUAUGGAAACUAUAGUACAGUGUCCGUAUCCGCUCAAUAACACGAAAUCAAGUUUCACACCGACUACACCACCAUCAAGUAUAUGCAAUUCUCCAGUAUCCACAUUUCCCAAAAGACUGACAGAUAAAGUGACAAUUCCAAGUUUAUCGACUGUAAACCAAAGUGAUAAUUGUAUCGAAGAUGUAAGAUUCAAAGUAUUAAAUGACAAUACAGCUUCGUCUGUGAUAAAUCAAAAACCAAAGACUGUAGAAACGAAACCCCCAAAACUAAGUGACAGGCUCAAAAUUACUCUUCCUAAAACACCUUUACCACCAAUCAGCAACUACAACAAUGGUUAUACAUCUAUGCCUAUUCCAUCCAUUGUUAAUGUUCCACAGUAUGAAAAGGCGGUUGCACCGCUAUUGGAGGCUCUUGAUUCUCGGAAAGAGUUGGAGAUUCGUGCUAACAUGUUAAACUUGCCACUACCAAUUUAUAAAAUGUAUUCAAAGAAAGAGAAACAUUCUGUCAAAGUCACCAUCUAUGCCAGCGUGAAAGUUGGUUCACAUACAUUCCACACAUAUCCAGAGGACGCAGCGACUGAAGAGGAAGCCGAGAAAAUUGCAGCACGUUUAGCUCUGGGACAUCUUGCUAAGGAAUCGACGAGCUCCGAGGUCACGACUGCCGAUGCAGAAUUAAUUAAAAAACGCAUUUUAAAAAUUAUAACCACGCAUCAUAGUGGGGUCUUCAUGCAUCUAUUACCCGAAUAUUACAACGAACAAUAUGGGGAGGCUCUGCCCCACAAUUGGCAAACAAUUAUUGAAAAAUGCGUGGAUAUAAAUCAAGAGAAAGGUGUUGGGGAUUCCACGAUACUUUGCCUAACUUCCCCAACUUUGAAACGAUUGGACAGUAAUUCCGCAUCCAAGAAUAUUCCUGAGAAUAUUCUUCUGACUAACAAGAAAAUACAAUUGAAUCCGAUUGGACCCGCCACGCCCAGUAUAUUGCCAGUACCUGAAGCACAUAUUUGGCAAGUAUGUGUAACUUAUGUUGUAAACACCGUUGAAAUUUGGGUUCGCCUAGGCGAUGACAAUAACGAAUUUGUUGAUAUGACAAAUGAAAUGACAAGUUAUUAUGAUAAAAUAAAUAAACCUAUCUCGUCCGUGGCAUGCGUACCCGGCGAUUUCUAUGCCGUACUCGAGGAAAGUUAUUGGCAUCGAGUUGAGUGCACAGAUUAUGACAAUGAAACCGGAAUCGCCACAGUAUUCUUUAUCGAUCAGGGAUACGUGGAGCAAUAUAAAUCUGGCCUUCUGCAUCCUUUGGACAAAAGAUUCAACAUUCUUCCAUUUCAAGCUAUAAGAGUAGGUCUUCAAGGAUUAAAAGAGUUCCGCGAUUGCGCCCAGAUGGUAACUGAGAUCGAAAAUCAUCUUUUAGUCGAUCAAUUGCUUUAUGUGGAAGUACAUGGUAUGGAUAGCGAUGAAUAUGGUUCAUAUGUAACGGUAACUUUUUACGACACCAACAAAGGAGACGAAGAUAUUGAUAUGAACCAAAUCCUAAUUGACAAAAUUUUGGAGGUCAUGGCUGUUACGUUUAAAAUGCGUGUAGGACAAUUAAUCGAAUUAAACGUCACGCAUAUAGACGAAUAUGGUAAAGUUUAUACGCAGUUAAACUCGUUUACCAAAAAUAUAUUGAGUAAUGAAAAUAUGUUUCAAUUUGCUACAAACAAUACGACGGUGAAUGCGAUUAACUUUACGAAAACAUACCUUGUGGAGUGGAAUUCGCAAUGGUAUAGGGCAAGAGUGACUGACAUUCCUGCCGAGCAAGAAGUAGUGGUAUUUCUGAUUGACGUUGGUAAAAUUGUUUUGAUACCGAGAGCAAAUCUAUUUCACAUAGACAGAACAUCAAAGGCUCUACAGUACAUCCCUCCGCAAGCAAUGCAAAUCUUUUUACACAAUAUCGAUCAGUCAAUGUACAACAAGAGAUUCGUGGCAAGAUUCCAAGAAUUAGUUUCGGACACAGAUAUGCUUGUAGCGAGAGUCAUUAGGAUCAGCAAUUCUGGAGUUCCAGUGGUAGAGAUUUUCAAAAGACUUGGACCGAGUAACAUGUUGGCUUCGAUAAAUACAUCACUGCUUUAUGCCGGCGAACUAUCGAAAAUCAACGAAGAUAGCAAUAAUAAUAAUAAUAAUAAGUCCAAGAAACGAUUGGAUCGCAAAAAUACUCGCGCUCCCGAGAUCGUCGGCAAAUUGAAUCCACCUAAAAUUUCAGACAUCGGUCAGUAUUUUGAUGUCCACGUAACAUUAGUUGCGCAUCCAGGACACUUUAUCGUGCAACCGUUGAACAAUGCUAAUCAGUUAAGAGAAAUGAUGAUGGACUUACGAAAUUACUACGAUACAAACAAUAAUCCGCCUUUUGAGUCUGUGAGUGAAAGCAAACUCUAUGCAGGCAAACUCCAAGAUGAUUGGUAUAGGUAUGCACAUCACUUCGCAAUAUAAAAAAGAAAUGUAUCAGUAUAUCUCUGUGACUAUGGCGACGUGACGAUAAUAUCUAUCAGCAAUUUGCAGCCGUUGAUGAGUAAAUUCUUAAAAUUACCAUAUCAGGCAGUAAAGGCUAAACUCGUUGGAAUAGAGCCUUUAAAUGUUGACUGGACGGUGACCGACUGCGUCAAAUUUAAGGAUUUAGUGCUUGAUAAGAACUUCGUCUCUGUAAUCGUGGAAUCGGUAAUUGACAGUCUCUCGCCAGUCAAUGGUACCAUGUUGGGUUUAAAACUGAUUGACACUAGCACUGAAAAAGACGUAUACAUUGAUAAGUUAUUAGUAGAAGAAAAGCGUGCCAAAUACAUCGAAGGAGUUGAAGGUCUUCCUUCUUAGUUGAUUAUAUCAGUCGACAAUUAGAAAUAUCUAUUUUUUCUUUAUGAGUAUUGUUAUCCUAUGACGCCGUGAUAAUGGAUCGCUUAUAUAUGUACCAACUGGUCAUGAAAAAACGACGCAAGGAAUGUUUUUAACAAGGAAAUUCAUGGAAAUAUUCCCUUUCGAUUUUGAUGAACUUUGAUUAUGUUGUGUUCUAAAAAAAAAUAACACGUAUUUUUUUUCUAAAGACCCAAUCGCACGUUC